UCGAUACGUCUAGAUAUUGAGGAAGUUUUAAUGUGGAUGUGAUACGUUUAAAAGGUUAGUUUUACUCUUUUGUUGUCACCACACUGCUGCCGACAUCUUACUACAACAGGAUACGGUACUUGUUAAUAACAAGUUUUCACUAACAAGUCGGAAAAUGCAAUAGAAAUAUCCGAAAAGUAUACUGAACCACAAGGGAGAUAACGUGGCCUCGCAGUGCAGAGUGAAUGUGGUGGUUUUUCAAACAAUAGCGGUGAAUGGGCCUUAACGUAGGAUGGGGAAUGUGGCGGGGAUUUAACCAGCAGUUUGUCUCCGCAGGGCGAGAAUUUUACCUAAGAUCUGCUGGACCGAAAGUCAAAGUCCCCGCUAUUCCCCGGGGGGGGGGGUACAAUUGAGUGAAUGGCGGCUGCAGUGACGCCGGGGUCGGUGGAUGGAACCCAGAAUGAGCAGUACUACCUGCGCCUUCAUCUUCUUCUUAUGGAGGCUAUCAAGGUUCUCAGGGCAAAAUUCGACUCUAUUGUUAACCCAAAUAACCUGCUGAAUGAACUGAUGAAACACAAACGCGUAAUUGAUAAAUUGCAGAAAGAUGGUGUAAUUUCAAGGGACCAAUAUCGUCUGCUCAAUCCUAAUCCAGACUCGCAAAGAUUUGACGUCAGUCUGCUGAUUGUUCUGCUCAGAAACAUCUGCAACUUGCAACCAAACAAUCCUAUUUGGAAAGAGAACGACAACAGCAAAAUAACAAACACCAUGCCUCCUAUCAUUGCAAACAUCGUGCGGAUAAGGAAUCUUCGUAACAAGAUGCAGCAUAAGGAUAUUGCUUAUCUUGAACAAAAAGAGUUCCAAAAGAACUGGAGUUUACUGGAAAAUGCGAUGGUAACACUUGGCCAGUCAUGUGGGCUGAAUGACGUGAAAGCUGAUAUCGCCGAGCUGAUGACAAAGACCCUCGACCUUGUGACACCCGAAAUGAAAAACCUCCGGGAGACAACGUUAUGGUUCCUUGAGGAGAACUGUGGUGAUGAAUUCUACGUGGAAACAGCCCGUUUUCAAGAAGCCAUUCGUUUGCUAAAAGAGAAGCAUUUCAUCGUGCUAACUGGCCAUCCAGGAGAGGGGAAAACUGUCAUGGCAGCCAGGCUGGCCCUGACAGAAGGUACAAUGCCGGAAAACUGCUUAAAACUUAAGCGUGCACGAGAUUGGAGAAAAGUGGAUUGGUCAUUAAAGCUGUUUAAUACAGUAAUUGUAGACGAUAUCUUUGGAGACGGUGCACUUAAUCAGAAAUUUCUUUCUGAUUGGGUACCUUAUCUGCCUGAUAUGGAAAGAGCUGCGAAGCAGAAACGUUUGAGAAUUAUUAUUACCACAAGGCACUACAUUAAAGAGGAGGCUUUGGAAGAGAAGGAAAUGGGCAAGCUCAAAAUGUUUGAAGACAAAGAUGGUUACGUUUUGCUCUUGUCGUCAAAGAUGCAUUUGUCGUUUAACGAAAAGAAAGACAUUCUAAUGUCAAGGGCAAAGAAACAUCAAUCUGAGGACAUGAUUGACACCUACCGUAUUAGAUACGAGGACUGUGUGACAAAUGCAGAGGAUUUGAAAGAGGGUCAAAGAGAAAACCUUGUGUUUGGGUUUCCGCAGUGUGCAACCUUGUUCGUUCGAAGUGAAGCGUUGAUCAAGCUGGGCUCUGUUUUCUUCAGCAAACCGGAAAUACACUUCAAAACAUAUAUUGACGAGUUGUACAUAGACAAGGAUGAAGAGCAGUUCCAUAAGUUCUUGGCUUUGGUUACUGUCUGGGCAGAACAGAAUAUGAAAAUGAAGGAACUUGAUUUACAAAAUGCAAGCAAAGUGUCCGACCAUGUGAAACAUGUUGCAAAAUGUUUUGGAGUUAAGGUUAAUCACCUAUUCGUUGAAACUUUAAAAUCUUCUCUGAAAAGCCAUGUUCAUGACCUGUUGUUGUUGAUCGAUCAUUCUGGAGAGUACACCUUUAGUCACAAUGUAAACGGGGACAUGGUUGGUGUAGUCCUUGGAAGUCACAAACUCCUGGAAUGCAUUGCGUUAUGCCCGAGAGACUUCCUGAUGGAACGCGUUACAAUCGCACCAGCCAGAGAGGACGAGCUUCGUGUUGUAGUGCCAAAGAAACACUAUGAUGCUCUGUGUGAAAAGUUUGCAAAAAUGAUUGGUCGAAAAAACUGCAAUCUUGUGGCAAAGGAGCCGCCACUUGACGAAUUCCAACAGCUUCAGCGUAAAGGUCCUCGCCCUAACACCGUUGAUGUACUCAAUGACAUUGACUUUGGUAUACUGAAACACAGCGCCUUUAAAGACGAAGGUUUCGUGAAACAGUUCAUCAGGUACAUCCGUGAAAAAUAUCUCAAUCAGAAUCUUUUUACUGUCCCUGUAAUGAAAAUGACAGGCUACUUCCUCGACUACGGCAUCAAAAUGCCAGAAAUGGUGAUGUAUCUUCCGGGUUAUACGCUAUACAGUGGGCUGAGUGUGUUGGCGAAAGAAUUGAUUGAGCAAGAAGUUUUUCCAAAGGACCAAGUCGAUCCACUACUCCUGGCAACACAUUCCGGUGAUAUUGGCAUGAUGAAGUUACUUCUAAGCCAUGGAGCGAAAGUUUCGGGAGACACAAUCUAUGUAGCCAUGCAUAAAAGAGGAAACAUGUUUGAAGCAAACAAGGUUCUCGAUACAAUAGUUGAAUACCAAGAUAAAGAUAUCAAUGACAAAGGAAACGCCGUUAAUGGAAAUUAUCCGUUGAUUGUUGCAGCCAGAAAGGGCUUUACUUAUGCAGUAAAAUGUCUGUUACAGCAUGGCGCUGAUCCGUCCGUGAAAAAUGAUAAAAACCUGACGGCACUGCACAAGGCAGUCAUCUAUAAGCAUGCCCAUAUUAUUCAACUUCUCAUUGACUAUAAUUCGCCAUUGGACGAGAAGGGUGGAAAAUUUAAGAGGUCGCCUCUUCAUAUCGCCGCUGAUCUUGGUUUAGGUGAAAUCGUCGAAAGAAUUCUGAGCAAAGGUGCAAACGUAAAGAUCAAAGAUCAUCGUGGUCAUUAUCCGAUAUUUCUGGCAGCCAUCAGAGGUCAUUUGGAAACAGUCAGGGUCCUUUUGAAGCAUGACAAAAGUCAGGAUAGUCUGAGAAUUGCCUCCUAUGGCAAGAAAUCGUUUAUCAAAGGCAUGUCACUAUUUCAUGUCGCUGUUUGGAAGAACGACAGGAAGCUUAUCCAGCUGCUCAUCGAUGAGAAGGCGAAUCCUGACGUAAUGGACUUCUUCGGUCAAACCCCGUUGUUCUAUGCUAUUAAUACGGGCAAGAAGACUGCGACGCGCAUACUGUUGCAGUAUGCAGACAAAUCAAAACCUCAAAAACAGGGAUUGACGCCAUUGCAUGCUGCUAUUCACAAGGGAAAUAUCAAACUUGUAGCCAAACUAGCUGCAAAAGUGGACGUUAAUGCAUUUGACAAGUACGGUCGGACACCUCUUCAUGUUGCAUGCGAAAAAGGAAAUGUAAACGCAGUAAAUCUAUUGCUAAACAAAUACAAUGCAGAUCCACUUAUGAUCACGAAACGAGGAGACACAGUUUUCCAUAUCUUGAGACGAAUGAAAGGAAACAAAAGUCACGCGGAUCAUUGCAACCGCCGUUUGAUUGAGAUGCUUUUACUUAAAGCUCAUCCAGCAAUAUUUGAACGUGUAAAAUGUAUGCCGAACAAAAAGGGAGUGAUCAUUACAGACCUUGUUAAACUUGCCUCGAAGGAUCAGAAUACUAUCAAAGUUUUGACGCAAGCGAUAAAAUCCGACUUUGACGAGAUAAGCGAUGACGACGUUGAUGAAACGGGGGCUAAAGCUUCCUCUACAAGAGUCGCGGGUGCUGGAAACACAGACAAUUUAAGAUUAAUUCAGGAUUUGCUGAAUAAUUUUGGAAGUGAAAACUACUCAGACGAAGAUGAUGAUGACGAUGGCGAUUCUGAAUAUGGGUUGGAAUUUGGAGGAUGUGAUGAUCCUUUCGAUAACGAUGACGAUGACGAUUUCAUGGACUAUGACAUGUUCUAAAUUACUUAAAAACAUAUUUUUCUCAGAUACGUAUUGAGACACAUAUUAAGUUUUAGCUGUUAAACGUCGUUUUUAAAAUGGUAUUGAAUCAAAUAUGCAAGAUGAAUCAGGCUUAACUGUUAUUGUGAAUAAAUUAUUUUUAGUUUUAGAAGAAUUAAUCCUAUCUGUUUUAUUUGCUGUGACAGUGUCUUGAUAUGAUUUUACACAACUUAAAAUCACUAAGAUUAUGUUUGAUAAAUAUCAUCUUGCGUGGUUCAACAGUAGACACGUAUAUAUAAGAUGUCGUAAACUAUUUAAGCUGAUUCAUAGGCUUUGCAAAAUGUUAGUUUUGACCUUGAAAUACAUAUGUUGUAUUCACUUCGCUUUAACUUAAUAUAAAUGCUGUUUUAAAUGUCAAUAAUCGUGUAAUUCUUCAACAUUAUUAUUUGUACUUGUUUUUGUUAUUAACUGUACCCAUAAUAGACUGUGAUUUGUUGUGUGCUUUAGGGAAACAAAUUUUGGAGUUUAUAUCGAUCGUGUAUACAAGUUCCUAUAGCAAAAAAGAACAUUUUAUUCACAUUCACGAAUAAACAGUAUAUAAGUAUGUGAUGCUACAUUUCAUUGGUUUUAAUGGGGGGGGGGGAGCAGAAAUAAUAAUUGUUAAUUGUAGCGCACUGACCAUUUUAUUGUUUUUGUUUUUUUCUUUACAAAAUCUACGGUAGUAAUUGACAUGUAUAUAAAGGAAAAAUGAAUAAUUGCUGAUACACUGUGAGGGAGCAAAAACAAUCACGUGACCACAAAUGCGAACAACCACGGAGAAAUUGAGACAGCAAAACGUAUGUUUUUGACGUUUUCUCUAUUACCUUGAAUCGAAUUAAAACAAGACCUAGCCCAUGGUACGGCACAUAAUUUCCGAUUUCAUGUGGUAUACUGUCUGAUAUUCUUGGUGUCGUAGUUUUUGAGAACAUUUAAUUACAAAAUUGGAAUAGAGGAUGCAGACGACCACACAUUUUGUUUAUCUUGCAAAAACAAUGAUAAAAACGGCUAGUUUCACCUGGUUCUUUACGAAAAACACUUAUUAAAGCAAAUAUAUACCAUUUAGAGUACCUUUGCAAGGGGUAUUGAUGUUUUUGAAGGCAAUAUUAAAAUAUCAAAUUAUGCGAACGACCACACUCGAGAAUUUUAGGCGAACGACCACACUUUUUAAAUUAAAUUUGAAGGGGAUGCGAAUAAAGCCUUCGUGAUCUCAAUGUUUUUUUUCUAUUCGCAUGACAUUUGUAUUCGCACAGGACGCACACACGUGUAUAAUCUUCUCGACAAAUCCGACAUGUCAACACCAGAAUGUGACCGAGAUUGUGCGGCAUGCGUUUCGAGGCAUUCGACCUUUGUAAAGGAGAUUAUUGUCAAGUAAGAUGCUGAUAGAAGUCACUUAAGGAUGUGUGUCUAGAAUGAAAAGAAGUACUAGGGCAAUUUUCGGAUGCCAAGAUCUAACGUACAUCGGUGAUAGGGCUAAAACCCACCCAAAUCCCAUGACACCUAUAUCUCUAAGUAUGUCAAUCGUUAAACUUGUUAAAAAAACAAUUUUUGUAUUGUAAGAUGAAGAAAACAUACAUUUAAUUUAUCUCAUCCACACAAUUUCAGGGACGGUGUGUUCGAUAUACGUUCUACCAAAAGGAAGAAGAGUGGUACAGUAUGUUUGGAUCAAAAUUCAAUACAAAAAGGAGCACUGGGUGUCAGAAGGGAAAAGGCGAGGAGAAAUGAUUGAAAAACGUUAGUUACAUCCUAAAUGGGAUUCCUAAACAUUCAAUAUACUAUGAUCAUAUGGAACUUCUAAUGCUACUGGGUAGUUCAUUUUUAGCCGGCGAAUGACAUGUGUAGUCAUUACUCAAUUACUCAAUUAAAGUUGUUUCUGAUUAAAUAUGUGUUGUGCCUUUAUUCUUUAUUGUCACGUCACUUAUAUGGCAUUAAUCAGUGCUAUUAUAUGGCAAUAAUAGUGAAGAUUAAUCAAAUAAAACUGAUAUUUGAUAACGUUAAUUGUCUUUAUUUUAAAAAUACAAACGGAUCACAGUAAACACAUAGUUUAAAUCACAUCAAUAUGAAACAAAAAAUGUCCACAUUUGUUAGUGAAACAAUCACAUUUAUAAGAAUAAUAUAGCAUGUAAUACUGAUCAGGCUGUUUACAUGUAAAACUUAAACAUACGAAUGUAAUCACAGAGCAAAUCACAAAAAGUGAAAUGAAUCACCUACAAUAAUCGUUUAUGCUAACCUAUCGACUCAAAAUAAUACAAGAAUUUACUAAUAAAAUUUUGAAAAAAAUAUCACAAAAAUGAAAUUAAUCACAGUGCAAUGAUCUUUUAUAAUAAGAGCUGUCAAAGAAACAGCGCGCUUUACUGUUCCGUCGCUUUUAAGUUUAGGUUGCAAAGUUUUGGUAUAUAUGCAAAACCUUAACCAGACUCUUUUAGUCGAAUAAUAAAGGGCCAUAAUUUACAUUUUAUGCAAAAUGGAGCUAUCUUACUUGAUUAAUUAAGUCUGUUGGAUAUUUGGAAACGCCUGUCUGAAGUUUCAAUGCAAUACAUGUAUUUGCUGAGAUAAUGACUUAAAGGUGCUUACAUGCAAAACCUUAACCAAAGUUUGACGCUAGGUUGAGUAGGAUAGCUCUCGUUAGUCUUCGAAUAGUCGAGCUAAAAACCCGAGCCUCAAACAAAGGCAAGAAUUUACUAAAACAGUUCUGAAAAUGCCUUCCUGGUUAUGUACAUACGGCGAUUACUUUUCAAAAACAAAAUAUUGUUAGAAAAUACAAUAAGUUUUCUAAUAAUAUAUGUGUUGUUUCGUACUGCCGCAGUAUUGAAAUGUUCGAAAGGACCUUGCCACAAUAUCUGCAGACCUGAGGUUGUCGACUCUCCAUCUAAAAGAUAUACCAUACACAUUAACAAAUAAAGUAUUUGAAGCUUUAUUCGCACUCUUGUCAAAAUUUGAUAAAAAAAGUGUGGUCGUUCACCUAAAAAUUCUCGAGUGUGGUCGUUCACAUAAUUUAAUAU